AUGAUAAUUUUGUCACUUUUCCAGACGACAAUAAAACAUCCUCCUUUUUUAGCUUGGAUAUUUACAUAUAAAGGUUAUCCACAAAAUACAACAUUAUCACCAGGAAGAUACAAACUGCGUGUUUGGGGAGCACAAGGUGGAUUUAUCGAUAAUUCUAGUUCUGGCCUUGGAUCUUAUACUGAAGGUAUCCUCAAAGUCUCUGUUUCAACAAAACUUAGUAUCUAUGUUGGCCAACAAGGCCAAUGCAGCAAUCCACCUAUUAGAAACACAUUUUUUCAAGGCGGAUUAAAUUCGAUUGGCCCGAAUGAAAAUCGUAUAUCGUGCACCGGAGGUGGUGCAACUUUUAUAUCCUCCUAUUAUAAUUUGAGUGAUAUUUUGAUUAUCUCAGGAUCAGGCGGCGGAUCAGGUUAUUGGAAUAUUGAAUAUCCUGGCGGUUAUGGCGGGUUAAUUGCUGGAAACGGCAUUGGAGAAAUUAGAAAUUCAUAUAUUUUCUAUGGGACAGGUGCGACUAAUCAAAAUCCAGGUAUUGGUGGCAGAUUUCCAGGCCAACCUAAUACAUGCAGCUCAUGUGUUGCAAAAAAUGGCAAUUUUUUACAAGGAGGAAAUGCUUGUUCCUCUUGUUGUGCUGCAACUGGAGGAGGGGGAAGUGGAUAUUAUGGAGGUGGAGGAGGCGCAGAUAAUGCUGGUGGAGGUGGUGGUAGUAGUUAUGCAAAAAAUAUUUUACAAAACAUAAUUUACAAAAAUGGUAAUGAAAAUAUUACAGAGCCAGAUCGAACCAAAAGAGAAGGUCACGCAGGAGAUGGUCUAAUUUCAAUUGAACAAACCAAUUUCGAAACUCUUGUUGCAAAUUUCAUAUGUCAUCAUUUUAACUUUAUUAUUUCAAUUACUUUUAUAUUGCUUUUGUCUUAG